AAAUGACUGUCUCUCAUGGGCAAACAUCACAGUCACAUCUACUACUCUGUUUUCCGUUGAACCUCAGACGAGACGUGGUUUAAUUUGAUUGUAAUGUUAUUAAUUUUGUAAAUAGAUUCGUUCUAGAUUAGUUCUACAUUUUUUUUACUUAUUGACAUCUGGAUUUUGUUUGAUUUAACUGUCUUGAAAUUUUAUUGUUUUGUUAAUUAAGUUAAUUGUUCAUGCUGGGGUUUAACUGCCGAUUUCUGCGGAAAAAAAACCCCAUUAUUUGUCAGGAACCUAUAUGAAGCCUAAGAAAAGGUUCUGCCUGAAAGACAACUCCCAGGGACCUAACGUCUGGUCAUCCGACGCAUUUUAAUAACGUCAUCACCUACAGCACCGAAGAGCGGUCCAGACUACAACACACGUGUGGUUGUUGUAAACUUUUUCCCCAUGGCAGGCUCCUUUUCUCAGGAGCUCGAGGCUUUGUUGAAUCCUUUGCCUAGAUUCGCGGAUCCAGAAGAUGAUAAUGACGAGGCGACCAAAGCCAAAGUCAUCGAAAGAUUCAACGAAGACGACGACGACGACGACGACGAAGAUGGACUGGGCCUCAGUGCCCUGCGGAAGCACAACACAACCCUGCUCUCAGACACAGACAGGCGCUACGUGGGGAAAGCAGUCUCUCGUAAACAGCUGCUGAUGGAUAUUGAUGGAUCUGGUGAGGAGGAGGAGGAGGAGGAGGACGGCACCAUAGAAGAGCUUGAAGAAGAGGACUCAAUGGGGGAUGAUGAUGAUGAUGAUGAUGAUGAUGAUGAGGAGUUGGUGGGCAUCGAUGGACUAGAUGCCAGACUGGCAUCUAAGACAAAGGGUUCUGACAUGACGUUCCCUCAGGGAGUGGACUUCCACAAGUUGACAGAGGGCAUGGAUGACCUGGGAGUGAGUGAAGAAGAUGAUGAUAGUGUCGAGGAGACUGAAGGCAGAGAUGGAGAUGAAGGCUCUGACGACGAUGAGAUGGGAGACGACGAUGAAGAUGACGGGGAUGAGGGAACCGUCCGCACAUUUUCAAAAGAGAAAGUAGACGAGGAGGUUGAGAAAGGGAAAGCUGUGAAGAACCAGCUGGCCCUGUGGGACCAGCUGCUCGAGGGACGAAUCAAGUUCCAGAAAGCUCUGUUGACAGCCAACCAGCUUCCACAGCCGCAGUCUUUCCCAGAGUUCAAGAGGAGGGGUGGAGGCGAGCUCGCAGGGGCGCUGAAGAACACCCACAAAGCUUUAAAGGCUCUGCAAAGGUCCCUGCUGGAGCUGCACGAUCAGCUGCUGUACCAGAACGCAGACACGAGAUCCAUUGCUCUGGGGAAGACGGGAGCUCCGAGUGAAGACGAGGAGAUAAACAGUGAUGAGAAUGAGGAAGAAGCGGGGUCGGUGCGGGAGGUUGGAGCGCCUAAAAGAAAACUGGAGAUGGCGGAGUACCCAGAGUUCAUGGCCAAGCGCUUUGCCGCUUUCCAGCCUUACUGCAACGCCACGCUGCAGAAGUGGCACGACAAAACCAGACUGACCAUGGGUAAGAGCAGCAAAGGUUUCGGGGCCUUUGAUAGGAACAUACUGACUCAGGUGGAGCAGGUGCUGAUGGACAAAGAGAGGCUGGUGCGGCGCACCCAGACCCGACGCUCAGAAUACAGAAUCCUGGGGAAAAAAGAGGCCCCUGCUCUAGCCUCCGAGACUGCCCCCACAGAAGGCGAGGAGGCAGAGCAGCAGCUGAAAGCAAACACACAUCUCAGAGAUGUGGAUGAGGACAUAUUUGAUGAUGAUGAUUUCUACCACCAACUACUGAGAGAGCUCAUCGAGCGCAAGACGAGUGCAGCCGAUCCCAAUGACCAAGUUUCUAUGGGCCGGCAGUGGCUGGCCAUCCAGAAAUUACGCAGCAAGAUCAAGAAGAAGGUAGAUACCAAAGCCAGCAAAGGGCGUAGAGUCAGAUUCCAGAUCCACAGUAAGCUGGUUAAUUUUAUGGCUCCUAUGGACCACAGCUCGAUGAGCGACGAGGCACGCAGCGAACUUUACCGGGGCCUCUUUGGGCGGAACUCCUCAGUCGGGGAGUGACGUUAAAGAGGUUCUCGCGUGGCGCAGAUGCUCAGUGCCGGGACGCAAGCAAAGCGGUGCCUUCUCCUCAUACCCAGGAACGAAGCCAAGCGGCAGUUUGGAUUAGAACAGAGACUGCGCCUGUUUUUCCUUCAGACGGGGCUUUACAGGAAUAAAAUGGACUCAGGGGGCACAACAGUUCUUAAUAAAUACCUUUUAUACCGAGGAACAUUUUCAAUGUGUGUUGUUGCAUAAUUACCAGUUUGUGAUAAAAAUGUAAUAUGUGUGUAAUGCAUAGUGACUGUUAAGUGGACUACAAGGAAAACAAUAAAUGAUUUUUUCUUCUGUCA